UAUUUCUGUGUGUUUCUGUGUUUGUGUGUCUCUUUGUGUUUGUGUGGUUCUGUUUGUUCCGUUUCUGUGUGGUUCUGUUUGCUCUGUGUGUUUGUGUUUAUGUGUGUUUCUGUUUCCGUUUCUGUGUGUUUGUGUUUCUGUGUGGUUCUCUUUGUUCUGUGUGUUUCUGUUUGCUCUGUGUGUUUUGUGUGUUUCUGUUUGCUCUGUGUGUUUGUGUGGCUCUGUUGGUUGUGUGUGGUUCUGUGUAUUUGUGUGGUUUUGUGUGUGUAUGUGUGGCUCUGUUUGUUCCGUUUGUUUGUGUUUCUGUGUGGUUCUGUUUGUUUUGUGGUUCUGUGUGUUGUUUGGUUCUGUUUGUUGUGUGUCUCUUUGUGUUUCUGUGUCGUUCUGUUUGUGUUUAUGUGGUUCGAUGUGUUUGUGUGGUUCUGUUUGGUUCUAUGUGUGUGUGUGUGGUUCUGUUUGUUUUGUGUUUCUGUAUGUUUGUGUGGUUCUGUGUGUUGUGUGGUUCUGUGUGUUGUGUGGUUCUGUUUGUUGUGUGGCUUGUUUGUUGUGUGUGGUUUUGUGUGGUUCUGUGUGUUGUUCGGUUCUGUUUGUUUUGUGGUUGUGUGUGUUUGUAUGGUUCUGUGUGUUGUGUGGUUCUGUUUGUUGUGUGGCUUUGUUUGUUGUGUGUGGUUCUGUGUGGUUCUGUUUGUUUUGUGGUUCUGUGUGUUUGUGUGGUUCUGUGUGUUGUUCGGUUUGUUUUGUGGUUCUGUGUGUUUGUGUGGUUCUGUGUGUUGUUCGGUUCGGUUUGUUUUGGGGUUCUGUGUGUUUGUGUGGUUCUGUUUGUUAUGUGGCUUUGUUUGUUGUGUGUGGUUCUGUGUGGUUCUCAGGAGGAUGGGCUGCGGCAGGUUCUACAGGAGAUGGAAUGUCUGUACGAACAGAACCAGAGCGACGUGAACGAGGCAAAAUCUGAAGGUCGAGCUGAACUCAUCCCGUCAAUCAAACUGCGUCACUGCUGCCUGCUGAGGAACCAGCGCUGUGUCACUGCCUACCUGUACGACCGCCUGCUGAGGAUCCGAGCGCUGCGCUGGGAGUACGGCAGCGUCCUGCCCGCUAACAUUCGAUUCCACAUGUGCGCAGAGGAGCUGCAGUGGUUCAGUCACUAUAAGAAGUCUCUGGCGUCCUUCAUGCGUGCUCUGGGCGGAGGAGAAGGUCUGGACAUCACGCAGGACAUGAAGCCUCCGAAGAGUCUCUACAUCGAGGUGAGGUGUUUAAAGGACCACGGAGAGUUUGAAAUCGAUGACGGGACCGUGAUCCUGCUGAAGAAGAACAGUCAGCACUUCCUGCCGAGGUGGAAAUGUGAGCAGCUGAUUCGUCAGGGAGUCCUGGAGCACGUUGUGUCCUAAAGGAGGCGGAGCUAAGGAGCUGGAACAUCUGCUCGUCAUCAUCAGGGUUCAGCAUCAGAUGAUGAUGUCACGUUUGUGUUCAGAAAAAUAAAAUCACUUCUAAACGUC